AUGAGCCAGACUGUUCUAAUUUUCGGAUUAGCCGGCGACAUUUUAGGAGGUCUCCGACCAACGAAACAAGGAAUGUGGGAGAAUUAGUCUGUUCUAGUCGAGAUUUUUCAUUUUUUCAAGACUACUCUGGAGUUUUACGCUGUCUAGAAGCUAUUUUUCGAAUAAAUAAUGCAAAAAAUUUGAAAAUUAGCCACAGAGCGCAUUUUCUCCUGAAAAAGGGCCUUAUUGGGUUUUCCUUCAAUCAGAGCAUGAUUCACGCGUUUUUCGACGAGUGAAGCAAAAGAUUAAGGCUUGAAUUACAAAAAAAUGUUUUUGAAUCAAAAAUGUAACUUAAAAAGUCGAUAGAACUGGACUUUUUAGUAUAAGUAUCUUAAUUUUAAGCUCACAACUUUUCGGAAAAAUUUUCAACUCGAAACGCUCAAAUAUCUCUGAAAUUUUCGAAAAUUAGCCACAGAGCGCGUUUUCUCCUUGAAAAGAGCCACAGUGUGUUCUCGUCCAAUCACCGGAUGAUUUUUGACAAAAAGAAGAAAACUAAAUAUUCAAGCCCUCGAAGUCGAUAGAACUGGACAAUCUUAGAAUUUUGAUAAUAAGCUUUCCCAUAAUCUUCCAGAAAUCCCAGAGAACUUCGAAAAUUAGCGCCAGAGCGCACUUUCUUCUUAAAAAAAGCCGAAGCCUGUCCUGGACCAAUUUUUUGAUCAUUCAUGCGUUUUCCGAGGGGUUUUUUCAAAAAAAAAAGUUUUAGCUCUUUUUAUGGUAUUCACUAUCAAGCUUACAACUUUUCCAAAACAUUUUUCAUUUCAAAUCGUUCGAAAAUCCCUCAAAAUUAGCCUCAGAGCGCACUUUCUCUUCGAAAAGAGCCACAGCAAAAAUUGGGACUCUAAGUUUCAAAAGAAAUGGUUUGGGCUCUCCUUGGUAUCCAAUAUCAAGCUUACAACUUUUCCAAACGACUUUUCAAUUUGAAUCGUUUGAGAAUCCCUCAAAAUUAGCCACAGAGCGCGUUUUCUCCUGCAAAAGAGCCACAGUGUGUUCUGGCCCAAUUUUUUGAUCAUUCAUGUUUUUUUUUCCGACGAGUAUUUUUUCGAAACAAUUUUCUAUUCGAAUAGUUCAAAACUUCCUCAAAAUUAGCCCCAGAGCGCACUUUCUCCUCGGAAAGAGCCACAGUGUGUUCUGGUCCAAUUACCAAAUGUGACUUAUCGAGGUGUCUGAGCAACGGAACAAACCGAUUUGUGGUCACCUUUCUUAUUAAUACUACGCGGUCUGAGUGAGGGUGUGUGUGUGUGAGUUAUCCCAGGUGUAAGCCGAAAAUAAGGGUCGAGUCUAAUUUCGGAGCAGCCGAUUAGAGUCGGCCGAGCAGAGAUGGAAUUGAUGAUCAAAAUAACACGGGCCCGCGUUUGGAAUGGCUCAAAACUUCCUUUAAAUAAGUAUGGCAGGCGCAAGUCGCUUGUGGUCGGGUGCGCCUUUAAAAUGACCGUUUUACAGGCGCUAGCCAUUCUCCGUACUUUUUUAAAGUGAGUUCUUAAGAGUUUUUUGUCGUUAGAAUGUCAAAUUUUGACUUGAAAGGAUUCAAGGGGUCAUUUUAGGGGUUUGGAGAAACAUAUGGUAUUGAAUACCGUGAAGAAUGAUCACUUGAGGGUUUUUGAUUCAAAUUGAUUCGAGGGAUCACUCGAGGGUUUUUGAUUCAAGGGAUCACUUAAGGGUUUUUGGAGGGGAAAUGGCAAAUUUCGAUUUGAAAAAGAUUCAAGGGGUCAUUUUAGGGGUUUAGAGAAUCAUGUGGUGUUGAAUACCGUAAAACAGAUUUUUAAAAAAUGAAAUGGAUCGGUCUGAAUGGAUUCAAGUGAUCACUUGAGGGUUUUUCUCAGAAUCAGUAGUGGUUUCUUAAGAGGUUUUCUUCUAAAUAUGGUCGGAAAACUCGAAAGUGGCCUCCUAAGGGUUUUUUUUUCAAGUGAACGCUUGUUUUUAAAGGACACGAGACAGUUAGUGAAAAAGAAAGCAGAAAAUGUUCGUUUUUGAAGGAUUUCAUCUCAUUUUUUGGCUAAAAGGUGCAAACGUUCAGUUUUUAUUGAUUUAUGGUAGAGUUUAAAUUUUUUCUAUUCUGAAAAAUAAGGAAUCGAAGCUUCAAAAGGCUGAUUCAGCGCACGGGUUACUGUACUUUUUGAGCAGAUCCAAAAUGUCUAGACCUACAUACGAAACAUCGGAAUUUUGUAGCGAAACUACAAGUUCAAAAGGUUGCAUAUUUCCAGGCCAUGAGAGGAGAAAAACGGACACGCUAGCCGUCUGCGCCCUCCGGGUCACUCGAUCUCUCAUCGGAGGGGCGGUCACCUUAUUUUCCGGCAACCGACCCGAGCCGAAUUCAAUCGUCCGACCAAACCGGCUCAAUCAAACUACACACACUUCGUCGUCUCUCGUCUCUUCGCAUGGGAACGUCUCUCGUCGCUCGGAGAAGCUGCCGACUUGA